GGGGUCCCGGGGGGGAGCCGCUCCCCGCAGCCACCGGGCAUCGCCCUGCCGGGCUGGGCGUUAUCCUUUGGCUUUGUAUUAUCCAAACGCAGGGCUUUUCUCUUUUUUGGUGGUGGUUUUUUGUUGUUUUUUUUUUUUACGGGCACAUCAACUGCUGCCCGUACCCCCAGUGCAGGCAGCUGCUCUGCCGCGGCGGGGCUGGCUCCGAGGAUGGAUGGGGUUUGGGCAGGGGCGGUGGGACUGUGGCACAGCCUGUGGGGCAGGUGGUGGCAGAGCCGGCUGGGGACAGUGGCACUUGAGAAGUGGCGAUGAAGAGCAACCAGCUCUCAGGGGACACUCGUCAGAAGAAGCCUUGCCCAGCACCAGGGGUUUUGGGUCGCGAAAGCUAGAGGCACCAUCCAAGGACGUUUGUGGAGCCCACUAGCUGCUUGCAGGAGCUGAACAUAUCCCAAAGGACCUUCAAGCGAAGGGAGCAGCAUAGGCAACCUGCCCAGGAGCUGACAUGGAGCAGAAGAUCAGCUCUUUCUUUAAUUCCAUCUUGGAGCUCAUCCGUACCAAGCAUGAGGAAGGUGUCUUCAACACCGUCUGCCUGGCCGUGCUGAUGGGUCUGCCUUUCGUCGUCCUCAUUGCAUUCAUUUUCAUCUGCUGCCACUGCUGCUUCUGCAGCCAGAGGGGAGAAAGCAGGAAGAAAGGUGGUCCCAGCAGCAACGGGCAGCUGCACGCCGAGAAGAACAAGAAGAAAAAGAAGAAGAAGAAGAAGGAUGAAGAGGACCUGUGGAUUUCGGCUCAGCCCAAGCUGCUCUUGCUGGACAAGAGACCCUCCUUGCCCAUCUAGUGGACAGGAGGGCGUUCAGGCCCUCCCCUCUGAGAUGCUGCCAGUCUUUUCAGCUCUGCACGAGGGGUGAGGAGAUGCCAAAGCUGCUGCCACUUUAUGGUGACUUUCAAAACAGGCUGAUCCCAGCAGCUAGCCAGCGUGUUGAAGGGCCAGCAGAGGGCAAGGCAGUAAGGCACAGGUUUUUGCAAGCUCCUUCCCCUCCACCAUGACGGUGUGCCCAAGGGCAGAAACCCCUGCAAAGGACGGGCAUUCACACGGACACGUGCCCUGCUGAGCACGCAAGGGUGACCUGCCACCAGGCUGUACAUACCUCCCACCACGAGCACAACGCACACGCACCGGGCUGGCACGCAGCGAACUGGGUGCAAGGCUCUCCCUCUGCACUUGUGUGCAAGCACAGGCACCGUGGCACAGACAAGGGUGUGCAGGACCACAUGCACUCAAAAUACCGAGCUGCCUGCACACUCCCCCUGCACAAACAUGGACGUCUGCAUGUGAAGCAAGCGCGGGUGUGCCUCAUUUGCUUGCCCUGCCAUGGAGAUGGCACAGCUUGACUGUCUAGGCUCCGUCCAAACCCAGCUCACAUUGGAGAAGCAAAAAAAGCCGAGAGCAGGGUAACCCCAGAGCUCAAAGAUGUGCCAUCUCCCCGGCCACCAAACCAAGGCAACUGAGAGCAUCUGAAGCUAGAUGCCCUCAGCCCAACCUUAGAGACCUCAAGACACCAUCUUAAGGCAGCGAGGCAGAAGGAUGCUUUGCCACCCAGGCUAGAGGCAGGGAGGAGAGAGGAGGCUGCAAGACCAGCCCUUUUGCACCAGCACUUACUUAUAAAAAAAAUCUUCCUUGAAAGACUGUUUUAUACAGACUUGCCUUUAGAGAGCCCACCAUGCUACUGCAAGAGCAGAAACACAAGCUGAGGCUGUGUAAAGGCUUAGCUAUGGGCAUUAGAGUUAUUUAUUGAAUGACUACUAAAGAAGAGCAGGACCAAAGGCCCCUCUGUUGCGGGGCUAGGCACACCGAAGCAGUAUUGAACCAGCAGACGUGCUUUCCCAGCACACUUGGCCAUCACCUCUCCCUGCAGCCCUUGUGCAUACGCAGACCCACCAGCACCCGCCGCCACCAGCUGGUGCCACAUGGGCAGCUCCGUAUGCCACACAGAGGGCUUGUGUGUGGCUGUCAAACCAGACAGCUCUAGGAUUUGGGAUGUGCUGUAGGAGCAGAGGGGAGUAAAGUUCAUGCCCACAGUCAUCCCUUACCCAGGGAUGCAUUAUACAGCUGGACCCUGCACCCCUCUCCAUCCUCAUCUCCCUUGGCCACACGACGGCUCGGCCGGGCACAGCAGCUAAUGAGACCACACACAGCUCUCACUCCUACUCUGGUUUUGACCCUCUGCUCUCCCUAGGCCUGCAUGCCCAGCCUACCUCCUCAGGAGCUGGGGGUCUCCUCUGCCCCCCCGCCCCGCAAGGCUCUGUCUCCCCCAGCUUGUUUUGCCAGCAAGGGAUACGCACACGUGUCAUACGCACACGUGGAGAAGCCCUAUCACAUCUGGUUUUUGCCCUGUGUCUGUACACUGGAUGUUUUCCUCCUGUUUUCUUCCAGUUCUUAAGCUGCUGGAGCAGACUGGAGCUGCCAGCCAGAGCCAGACAUCUGGGGGACAAGCAGCCAAACCCAUGUGGGCAAGCCUGGACAGAGCUGCUGGACACGACCGCUUCCAGCCCAGGCAAGGGCAAUGCUGCCUUCCCCUGGCUCCCGGGGCACGCACUGGCAGGGGGAGCAAAGCCAUUGGUUAGAAGCAGCCACUUGUGCCACCUGGUCCCAGCACAGCCUGUUUUGUCCAACGCAGACGGGGCGAUGAUGUUAUAACAUCACGUCACGGGGUUUGGCUGCAUGCGGCUGUGCUGGUAACAGCCGGGAGGCCAGGCUCCUCCUCACACAGCCCUUUAAGUUGACUCCAUAUGUACCUUAUUUUCCAGCUUGCUUUGUUAGCAUUGAAAUAAGUGACUCCCUUCUCCUCCAAAACAGAAAGCAACAUAUAAUGCUAUAAAAAAAUAAGGAUUUGACACACCUAAUCCUCGAGAGAAACAUGCUGGAAUAACUCUGGUCUCUGUCCCAAACCCUCAGUCCGUCCAGGACCCCAAAGAACCAGCACUGCACUUGUAUUAUUCUUUCUUCCUUCCCUCCUUUCCCCCAUGCAGGUACUUCUCCCAGCCCUCUUGCCUCCAUGCUCACCAGGUGGGCAAAGCAGCCUCCUCCCACAGGCAGGAAAGCUGCCCACGCAGGUGCUCCUGCUGCAAUCCAGAGGCACCAGCAGCCCUGGAGGAAGGGUGGUGCUGCCUGGAGGAAUGGAAAAAAAUCAGAGCGAAGGGUAACGCAAUGGGAGGCCAGAGGCUUACCCGAACAAGCAGAGGCACGGAGGCAGCCGGCUCUGGCAGAGUACAGCCUACUUAUUGUGGAGCUGCUGGGCUUUGCAGGGCUCCCUGCAAGAUGGUCUUUCACUGCACGGGUUA